GCGAUUGGUCGGUCGGGAGAACUUGGCCGGAAGGCCUGGCAGGGGCUUGGGUACCAGCGGAGAUGGCGGCGGCGGCGGCGGCGGCGAGUCGGGGCGUCGGGGCCAAGCUGGGUCUACGGGAGAUUCGCAUCCACUUAUGCCAGCGCUCGCCUGGCAGCCAGGGCGUCAGGGACUUCAUCGAGAAACGCUAUGUGGAGCUGAAGAAGGCGAACCCCGACCUGCCCAUCCUCAUCCGCGAGUGCUCCGAGGUGCAGCCCAAGCUCUGGGCCCGCUACGCAUUUGGCCAAGAGAAGAAUGUCUCCUUGAACAACUUUAGUGCUGAUCAGGUAACCAGAGCCCUAGAGAAUGUGCUAAGUGGCAAAGCCUGAAGCCUUCGCUGAGGACUAUGAGCAACAACCCCACAGCCUGGGCUCUGCUGGACUGAGUACAAUAUGGAAAAAUGUGUUCUGUUGUUUAUAAAGCUUGUGCUGUAAGA